CAGGUGACUUGGAUAGAGAGCAAAGUCUGAGGAUAAUAUGGUGGGUGGAAGGAGAGUGGCAGGAGACAGUCAACCCUGUAUUUUUUAUUCAUCAUAUACAGACAACAACUUUCACAGGAUCAGCUGGAUCGGACUGACUGACAGAGAGACAAAGGGAGAGUGGAAAUGGGUGGAUGGCACUCCACUGACCAAAAGCUACUGGGGCUCUGGUGAACCCAAUGAUUAUGAAGGCAAAACUGAAGACUGUGUAGAAAUAAAGUUCCAUGAUGAGGAAAACAGCUGGAAUGACAUACCAUGUGGAGAUCAAAACUUCUGGAUCUGUGAAAAGACAGUGGCUCUAUAAGUCAGCAUAUAUAAGAGCUGGGAGUGACAUUUCUUGA